CGGCCGCGCUCAGCGGCGGAGAGGAGCGGAGCGGAGCUGUGGGACGCCAGUGCGGAGCGGGCGUGCGGGCCGGCGGACGCGAGGCGGAGCGCGGGCGGCCGGGGAAGCUCGGAGGGCGGACAGCGGCGGCGGCGGCGAGCGCUCGGCCUCGGGCUGCGGGAGCCGGACACCGCGGCCGCGGCGGCUGCUGCAGGAGGAGCCGAGGGGACACCGCCCCUGCCCGCGCCCUGCCUCAGGCCAUCGCUGCUCCCCCGGGGCCCCGCGCGGACUCGCCUCCGUGAAGUGUCACGAUGUCUGACCGGAAGGCAGUGAUCAAGAAUGCAGACAUGUCUGAGGACAUGCAACAGGAUGCUGUUGACUGCGCCACGCAGGCUAUGGAGAAGUACAACAUAGAGAAGGACAUUGCUGCCUAUAUCAAGAAGGAAUUUGACAAGAAAUAUAACCCUACCUGGCAUUGUAUCGUGGGCCGAAAUUUUGGCAGCUAUGUUACACACGAGACAAAGCACUUCAUCUAUUUUUACUUGGGUCAAGUUGCAAUCCUCCUCUUCAAGUCAGGCUAGGUGGCCACAGUGAAGGUAUCAGUGGCGGCAGCAGCGAUGGCAAGCAGGCGGCAUUGCUGGGACUGUUUUGCACUGGGGCCAGCAUCAGGAUGUCCUCUCCAAUGGCUGUGCUACUGCAUGGACUGUGUACUCGAUUUCAUGUGUAUGUCACAGUAAACAAAACCAAACUUCUUUCUGUUUAGUUGCCUGGGGAAGAAGGCUGCUUUAUGUUUAUUUUUCAAAACUUAAAAAUUUUUUUUGGUUGUAUUGCACUAGGAAAUCUCUCCCACCCCUCCCUUUUCUCUUUCUCUCCUUAUACAAAAUCAAAAGCCGUCAACAAAUCCUGUAAGACUAGACGGGCUGGGGGAAGGAAAUAGAUUUCUGGAGAUGGAACUAAAAGUGUGCAGCUGCCUCUUCCUGGUGGUAGAUGCUGCUUUGGGAGAGCCAGGGAGGCUGUGGGGGACAGUGUUAGGAAUGGCAAGGAGAGAAGGAUAGGAAGGAGGGUAGGGGGAUUGAUCUAGUACCAGGGAGAAUAUUCCACUGAACUGUGAUUCCACGGCUUGGGGCAGAGGGUGGGGUGGGGUAGGGGGGAUGGAUUCUUUAAGGGGCCCUGAGACGUGUUUGUCUGUGGUUGUGGGAGUGGGGAGCAGACUUGUCUUGCUGUCUUUGUCAGAAGAGUUUCUAAGUAAGGGCUGUGUCUUUGUGGAUUACCUUCUAUUCUUCCUGCCAGAGCUCAUGCUGGGAGGAUGUUGGGGGUCGGAUUAGCUUGAUUAUUUUUCUUUUCAUUCUUCCUUCUCUCCUUCUGUCUGCUCCCUGCUUAGCCCUCAGUUUUCUCAUUCCUCUGGAGUUCUCUUAGAGCAGCCCCUGUUAGUUGGCCGGCAAGGGAAUUUCCAGUGACUGUAGUUCCUUAGUUAGGUCUUAGCAGUCAAACCAAAUUAAUGUCUCCCUUGAGUCUCCUCUGUGUAUAUGUGUAUGUAUGUGUGUGUGUGUCUUGGUUUGGGGUAGAGGGGAGGGAGGGGCAGGACUGUGGAAUCUCUAGGGUAUAUUGGUAGAUAAUGGUGCACAGUUAGUUGUAAGUGGGCCUUUAUGUUAUAAACCUCUGGGGGUGACUGGUUUGGGGGUGAAGAUAGGUGUCACCCCCACUCAGCCAUCUGGCCCAGACACUCUGCUUGCCCUAAGGCCGUCUGCUCCCAGAAAGGCUUUAGGAGGACAGCCCAUGAUGAGAUGGCCAUGCUGCCAUCUGCCCUGGAGCUGGGUCUCAGUAGAGUGGGAAAAUGACUUUGGAUGAUUGCAGCCUCUUGUGGGAGGUAUGGAUGGAAGUGAUAAGGGGCUGUGAGGGGCUUUAGGGGAACUUUGGAGGAGGUUAGUCUUGCAGUGAUGAAGCCCCAGUAUCAGGAGAUGGAGCAGGGCCACUAAUGGGAGCAGAUUCCAAGGAGAAUGCUGGGGAAAUCUUGUAAACAGAUAAACAGGGAUGGGGUGGGGGUAGGGGUGAGGGGUGUCAUUGCUGAUUGAGCUGCUGAUUCUUGUAAAUCACAUUCAAAACUCUCAUGUGUAGGAUUGAUGCCAUGGGGUUUGGGAUCCAGCUCAUUUUUUUUUUCCAAAUCCAUUCUUGGGGCUGGUGGGGAGGCAGGAGAAUGCCCCCUCCCCAAGCCUUUAGUGUGUGCUGAGCUUUCUUUUUGAUGCUGACGGGGGAGGGUGGGGACUGGGAUGGUGAGUGAGUUCCCUCUGUCAAACUCUUUGGUGGGCACAAGAUUGAGUGUUUUACUUUAGGUUUUUUUUCUUUUAUGAGUGUCCAAAUCUGUUUCCCCCUACCCUUCCUGACUUGUGUGGCCAGUUGGAAAUGUCUGGUUUGUGUUCAUCUCUCCUUCAUUUCUGGAGCAGGAGCUGAGAUCCUGCCACAUCUCCUAUGCUCUGCAUCCACGCCUCUUUUGGACAUUAAAGAUCGAUUGAUGCA